CGCUUCCCUCGGAACCCCCAGAACCGAACCUGAGCACUGAGCCUAGAGCACGCCAUGGACACAGACCACAGCGAAUAAUGUCAGGGCAUCAGAGGUUUGGGGCGAGGCGGUGAUAUGUGCACGCAGGAAGCUUUCCAGGCACAGAGGGGCCAGUUGGUGGGGCAGCUGGUCUCAGGCUCCCUGGAAGGCUUCGAGAGUGUCCUGGACUGGCUGCUGGCAUGGGGCGUCCUCUCCUGGGAGGACUAUGAGGGUCUCAGCCUCCUGGGCCAGCCCCUCUCCCAUUUGGCCAGGCGCCUCCUGGACACAGUCGGGAAGAAAGGGGCGUGGGGCUGUGAGCGACUCAUCGAGGCACUGCACAAGGCCCAGGCCCAAGACCAGGCCCCUGAGCUCCCGGCCAGCUGGCACCCCCACACGCCCUGUGACCUGCAGAGCCACCGGCCCGCGGUCAUCAGGAGACUCUACAGCCACGUGGAGGGCGUGCUGACCCAGGCGCAGGAGCGAGGCUUUGUCAGCCGGUACGAGUGUGAUGGAAUCAGGCUGCCCAUCUUCACGUCAUCUCAGCGGGCGAGAAGGCUCCUUGACCUCGCCACAGUGAAGUCAAAUGGACUGGCCACCUUUCUUUUACAUCAUAUUCAGGAGUUGCCAGUUCUUUCCUCUCUGUCUUUUGAAGAUGCUGCGUGUAAGAAGUACAUGUCCAAACUCAGGACCACCAUCUCCGCACAGUCCCGCUUCCUGAGCACCUAUGAUGGGACGGAAAACCUCUGCUUGGAGGAAAUAUACACAGAGACUGCUCUGGAGAUCCGCACGGAGCCAGGCCUGGCUGGACCCCGGCAGGAGAGUCCGUCCAUCCUGGGCCUGGAGGACUUGUUCAGUGCCCGUGGCCACCUCAAUCCCGACGCGGACACCGUGCUGGUGGUGGGCGAGGCGGGCAGUGGCAAGAGCACACUCCUGCAGCGGCUCCUUCUGCUGUGGGCCGCAGGCCGCGAUUUCCAGGAGUUCCUCUUCGUCUUCCCGUUCAGCUGCCGGCAGCUGCAGCGCGUGGCCAAGCCGCUGUCCGUGCAGACGCUGCUCUUCGAGCACUGUUGCUGGCCCGACGUGGGCCAGCCGGACGUCUUCCAGUUUCUCCUCGACCACCCCGACCGCCUCCUCCUCACCUUCGACGGCUUUGAUGAGUUCCGGUUCCGGUUCUCGGACUGUGAGCGACACUGCUCUCCCACCGACCCCACGUCUGUCCAGAACCUGCUCUUCAAUCUCCUGCAGGGCAACCUUCUGAAGAACGCCCGCAAGGUGCUGACCAGCCGCCCGGACGCCGUGUCGGCCUUGCUUCGGAAGUACGUGCGGGCAGAGCUCAGCCUGAAGGGCUUCUCGGAGGAGGCCAUUGCCCUGUACCUGAGGAAGCGUCACCGCGAGCCUGGCGUGGCCGACCGCCUCAUCAGCCUUCUCCAAGCUACCCCAACACUUCACGGCUUGUGCCACCUCCCCGUCUUCUCAUGGAUGGUGUCCAAAUGCCACCAGGAGCUGUUGCUGCGAGGCGGGGGUGCCCUGAAGACCACCACGGAUAUGUACCUGCUGAUCUUGCAGCAUUUCCUGCUUCAUGCCUCCCCGUCAGCCACCACCGCCACCCCCGGCCCGGGGCCCUGCCCGCUGCAAGACUGGCUCCCCACCCUUCUGCACCUUGGCCGCCUGGCCCUCUGGGGCCUGGGCACCUGCUGUUACGUGUUCACAGACAAGCAGCUCCGGGAGGCCAGCGUGGAGGCGCAGGAUAUGACUCUGGGCUUCCUGGUGCGGGCCCAAAGGGCAGGGCCCAGCGGUGGGACGCCCCUGGAAUUUCUGCACAUCACCUUCCAGUGCUUUUUUGCCGCCUUCUACCUCGUGCUGGGCACCGACGUGCCGCCGUCUUCGCUCAGGCACCUCUUCAAAUGUGGCAGGCCUGGGGGCCGGCUCUGGGGCCGGCUGCUGCCCAUGCUGUGCCUGCCGGGCUCAGGGGCCAGAGAGGGCCACGUGGCGGCGCUCUUGCAGGAGGCGGAGCCUCACAACCUGCAGAUGACGGCCGCCUUCCUGGCGGGGCUGUUGUCCCAGGAACACCGGGACCUGCUGGCCGCGGCCAACGAUGACCAGGCCUCGGGGAAGGUGCUGCUGCAGCGCCAGGCCUGUGCCCGCCGCUGUCUGGCCCGCAGCCUCCGCCAGCACUUCCGCGGCAUCCCUGCGGCGGUGCCCGGCGAGGCCAAGAGCAUGCACGCCAUGCCCGACUUCGUCUGGCUCAUCCGGAGCCUGUACGAGAUGCAGGAGGAGCGGCUGGCGCGGGAGGCCGUGCGGGGGCUGGACGUCGGGCACCUCAAGCUGACCUUCUGCGGCGUGGGCCCCGCCGAGUGCGCAGCCCUGGCCUUCGUGCUGCGACACCUCCGGCAACCCGUGGCCUUGCAGCUGGACCACAACUCGGUGGGCGACAUCGGCGUGGAGCAGCUGCUGCCGUGUCUCGGUGUCUGCAAGGCGCUUUACUUGCGAGACAACAACAUCUCAGACCGAGGCAUGUGUGUGCUGGUGGAGCACGCUGUCCGCUGUGAGCCUCUGCAGAAAUUAGCUCUUUUCAACAACAGAUUGACCGACGGCUCUGCCCGCUCGCUGGCACGGCUCCUUGCUUGCAAGGGGAACUUCCUGGCAUUAAGGCUGGGCAAUAACCACUUCACUGCCGCAGGCGCCCAGGUGCUGGCCGAAGGCCUCCGAGGCAACGCCUCCCUGCAGUUCCUGGGGUUCUGGGGGAACAAGGUGGGUGAUCAGGGGGCGCAGGCGCUGGCUGAAGCCUUGGGUAACCACCAGAACCUAAAGUGGCUCAGCCUGGUGGGGAACAACAUUGGCCGUGUGGGCGCGCGAGCUUUAGCAAUGAUGUUGGAGCAGAACAUGACCCUGGAAGAACUCUGUCUGGAGGAGAACCAGCUCCAGGACGAAGGCGUAUGUUCUCUCGCUGAAGGGAUGAAGAGAAACUCCAGUCUGAAAGUCCUGAAGCUGUCCAACAACGGAGUCACCCAUCUCGGAGCCAUGGCCCUCCUGCAGGCUCUCGAAAGGAACGACACCCUCCAGGAAGUCUGGCUCCGAGGCAAUGCUCUCUCUCCAGAGGAGCUGGAGAAGCUCAGCCACCAGGACACCAGGCUCUUGCUUUGACAGUGCUGGGCUGACCGCUCACGAGAGCCAUGAAAAGCAAGAGCCCAGAGGCUGGAGUGCCCGCAGCAGCAGUGGUAGCCUGGGUAGGGCCUCCACAUUGAUCAGGGGGCACCCUUGGUCCAGUUUGCCUCUGGCAGUGUAAGCGGUACCAGGCCUCUACAUGGCCCAAGUCUGUUCGUUCCUGCUGUCCAGUAUGCUCCAAGGCUCAUUCGGAGAGAGAGAGGCCGCCAGCU